AUGUCCUUUUUGGACGAAACCCAUGCCAUCUCCGUUGACCGCGAUUUUGAGGAUGAAGGCUAUGGGCGCUCAUCAAGCUCAUCAUAUUUAUCGUCAUUGCCCAUGUCCGUCCGUCAAGGAGUCUACGAAAAUGGCCGAAUUUAUGCGUCUUACGGGAAGAACAUGCAAGGCAUGCCGAUCGACGAACAAGAACAAGAUCGCAACGAUUUGCAGCAUAAAAAGUUCAAUCUCCUUUUGGGCGACAAACUACACUUGGCUCCUAUCGCCGAAUCACCUCAGAAGCUCUUGGAUCUCGGCACGGGCUCGGGUAUCUGGGCCAUGGACAUGGCCGACAGAUACCCUUCGGCACAUGUCAUUGGCAUAGAUCUUGCUCCUGUACAACAAACCUGGGUACCCCCGAAUUGCCAGUUCGAGAUCGACGAUAUUGAGGAUGACUGGCUGUUUGGGAUGAGCUCAUUUGACUUCAUUUUUGGUCGAGAGCUCUUACUCUCCAUCAGGGACUGGCCGCGCCUGAUCAAACAGGCCUACGACCACCUUAAACCCGGCGGCUAUCUGGAGCUUUCAAUGACCCAUUCACGGACAUGUUGCGCGGACGGGAGUUUAGACCUGAAGACAUCAUAUCUUGCCGAAUCGGCCAACUUGAUGUUCGAUAUAGGCGAGAAGAUGUGCACGCCACUGGACGCGCAAGAACAUUGGAGAGAUCAAUUCUUGGAGGCCGGAUUUGAGGAAAUUCAGGAACAUAUUUUUAAAAUACCCAUCGGGCCAUGGGAGCAAGACGUGCGACUCAAACACAUUGGAAUGUUUGAGCUUGCGAAUAUGGACAAGGGCUUUGACUCCUUUCUCCUCCGAGGCUUCACGAAGAUCCUAGGUCGUCCUGCAACUGAGCUAAGUGCCAUUGUUGCAAAGGCCAGGCAAGAAAUGUCUAAUCCAGCACAUCACGCCAAUGUGCACUUGUAUGCAUCUUGA